UGAAAUCCAUCAGGUUACUGGCAUUAUUUCUAGCUUCAGGAUCCCUAUUCAGCAUUCGUGGAGAAAUCACCGAGGCAACGUGGAAGGUGAAAAUGAAGGACUAUCGCUACACGCUACCAGGAUCAGUGCUGGUUUCUCUGAAGAUAUCAAGAGUUGCUUGCGGUAUGUUGUGUCACACCAGACAAGAUUGCCGCUCUUUCAAUCACAACAAAGCAAGCACGGAGUGUGAAAUACUGAACACAGCCUUCCACAAACCAAGUGACACUACGUUGAUUGCAGCACCUGGAUGGAACUACUACAACUUUUUGCCUCCAAGACCGCCUAAGAAUGCAAGUGGUUACUGUCCCAGUGGAGGCAUUUAUGUUCAGUACGAGCAGCCUGUUUACAAAAGGUACGACUUCUCGAUUGAUGGUUUUGCCUGUUCGCCUCAUCAGUGGGUCAAAGACAGACACAACGAAGGAAAAACUUGCAAGAUGGUAAUUAUGUACGAUACAGACUUUGUGGGACAGGAUUCUGCAUACAACAAUAAACCUGGAACUUACUACAAUGCUUUGCGGCAGUGUGAUGAACAACAAUUGCAUCGGGAUGAUUGCAAAAAAAUAUUCAGGUAUCUCGAUCUUAUCCAGCUGAAUGAAAACAAAAGAUCAUAUAAAGAAUAG